AUGGCUAAUCACAACAAGGUGAUAGCCUUUGCAUUGUUGGUUCUGCUCUUUGUGGAUCUUGCUUUGGCUUCAAGACCCGUAAAGGUUGGAGUUAACAAUGGAGGUGGUGGCGGCGGAGGAGGAGGAGGUGGUGGUGGUGGUGGUGGCGGAGGAUCUUCUGGGGCGGGUUCAGGAUCAGGAUAUGGGUCUGGUUCUGGCUCAGGGUAUGGCUCUGGUGGCGGGAUAGGAAAGGGUGGAGGUGGUGAAGGAGGCGGCGGAGGUGGAGGUUCUGGAGGAGGUAAUGGCGCCGGAAGCGGUUCGGGUUAUGGUAGUGGCAGUGGCAGUGGCUCUGGAUACGGAAAUGGAGGUGGAAAAGGAGGAGGUGGUGGUGGUGGUGAAGGAGGCGGUGGAGGUGGAGGUUCUGGAGGAGGUAAUGGUGCCGGAAGCGGUUCCGGUUAUGGUAGUGGCAGUGGUUCCGGAUACGGAAGUGGCGGUGGAAAAGGAGGAGGUGGUGGUGGUGGUGAAGGAGGCGGUGGAGGUGGAGGUUCAGGAGGUGGUAUUGGUGAUGGGAGUGGUUCGGGUUAUGGAAGUGGCAGCGGCUCAGGGUAUGGUUCCGGCAGCGGAAUAGGAAAAGGAGGUGGAGGUGGUGGCGGCCAAGGAGGCGGUGGAGGUGGUGGUUCUGGAGGUGGUAACGGUGAAGGAAGUGGUUCGGGUUAUGGUAGCGGAAGCGGUUCUGGAUAUGGAAGUGGAGGUGGAAAUGGAGGAGGCGGUGGUGGUGGUGGAGGAGGAGGAGGCGGAGGCGGUGGUGGUGGUGGAGGGAAUGGUGCAGGAAGCGGUUCAGGUUAUGGUAGUGGCGGUGGUUCGGGAUAUGGAAGUGGCGGUGGCAAUGGAGGCGGUGGUGGUGGAGGAGGUGGCGGUGGAGGCGGCGGUGGUGGAGGAGGGAAUGGUUCUGGAUAUGGCUCCGGUAAUGGAUCCGGUUACGGGUCUGGCUAUGGAUCCGGGUCCGGCGGUAAACCGUAA